UUGAACACCCUCAGGAAAAUUGGAGAAUCCCAAUGGCAAAGGUUAAAUUGGGGUCGUUCAGGGGUAAAAACCAUAAAAAAGGCCACCACCAUAAGUAGCCUUCAUGUUUUUAAAUGGAAAGACAAAGAUGAGAAAUCAAAGGCACACAUAAAACGGACUCAGACAUUUGGGGUCAGUAUCUGCCAACGCAGGAGCUGAAUAAAUCUGUCUUCAGUUAUUUUCAGCUCUGCAUCGCUGCAAAAAAACAUGCACACAUUUUAUAAUGUGAUGGGAGACGUAACAUGUCCGAUCAUGUUUGUUUUUUUUCUCAUUAAGGAUUUUCAAAGACAAGGGGACGGUGUGAUGUGUAGCCUCACCAGAGAGACGGAGUAAUAGUCUCUUUUUGCAGGAGUGCAAUUAGUACAUCAUGAAACAGCACCUGACCGGAGACUGUCGCAACAAGCCUGCGACAUGUUCACCACUGAGGCUGAGCAAAAAGUCCCAGUUCCACUACAGACAAGGCUAUGAUGAAAUGGCCAACAGGAAAAGACGGCAUCCAGGACACUUGGAGCUGCACGGUGCAGGGACAGCAGCACUUAUUUCAGCCCCCAUGCUCCGGUCAGUGGCCCAGUCCGUUACCCUAAGACCUGUUUUGAUGAUGGGAGGAGACCGGAGAACCCAUCACCCACCCCCACUGUUUGCAGCACAGGGCAAAAAAGGCAUCAGGGAGCAGAAGUAAAGUCAGUGUCGUUGUUGACCCAAAGGGUUUUUCUCAGCCAGAGGAGGAGAGAGGAUGCUGAACAACAUCACAGACUGCGAGGAGGAAGAGGGGGGACCCAACAGCACGGGCGAUGUUAACCCCAGAGAGAGCAGUCCUUUCAUAUACAGCAGCGCAGCCGGCGAUGUGGAAAAGAAGAACCUGCAAUAUGACGGCAAGAAUAUGGCUCUCUUUGAAGAGGAGAUGGACACCAGUCCAAUGGUGUCCUCUUUGCUCAGCAGUCUGGCGAACUACUCCAACCUCCCCACUGGCAGCAAAGAGCAUGAGGAGGCAGAGAAUAAUGAGGAGGGGGCACGUCCAUCUAAAAAACCUGUCACGGCCCCACAGUUGGGCACUCUCAUGGGAGUGUACUUGCCGUGUAUCCAGAACAUUUUUGGCGUGAUUCUCUUCCUGCGGAUGACCUGGAUGGUUGGGAUCGGGGGGGUUUUAGGCUCCUUCGUAAUCGUCUUCAUGUGUUGCUCCACGACCAUGCUCACCGCCAUCUCCAUGAGUGCCAUUGCAACAAAUGGUGUUGUACCAGCCGGAGGGUCAUAUUACAUGAUCUCUCGCUCGCUGGGGCCCGAGUUUGGUGGAGCGGUUGGGAUCUGCUUCUACUUAGGCACCACUUUUGCAGGUGCCAUGUAUAUUCUUGGCUGCAUUGAAAUUCUGCUGAUCUACAUUGUUCCUCAGGCAGCCGUCUUUAAGAUCGAGGGCCUGGAGGGGGCAGAGGCGGAGGCGGCUCUCCUCAACAACAUGCGAGUGUACGGCACCAUUGUUCUGAGCUUAAUGGCACUGGUGGUGUUUGUGGGGGUCAAAUAUGUGAACAAGCUGGCGCUGGUCUUCCUCGCCUGUGUCAUCCUCUCAAUCGUAGCUGUUUACGCCGGAAUCAUCAAGACGGCCAUCGACCCGCCUGUCUUCCCGGUCUGCCUCCUAGGGAAUCGAACUCUGGUCUCCAAAGGUUACGACGUGUGUGCAAAGGUCAUUGAGAUAGACAACGAGACCGUCACCACCAAACUGUGGAGGUCCUUCUGUGAUUCCGAGUCCCUCAACGCCACGUGUGAUGAAUACUUCAACAACAACAACGUCACAGAGAUACAGGGAAUCCCGGGAGUCACUAGUGGCAUCCUGGCAGAAAACCUCUUUGGUAACUACCUGGAAAAAGGGGUGAUCCUGGAAAAGCGAGGAAUUGUGUCUGACGUGGAUCCAGACAGUCCCGUGACCAGCUCUAACCGCUAUGUUCUGGCCGACAUCACCAGCUUCUUCACCCUGCUGGUGGGCAUAUACUUCCCGUCUGUCACAGGUAUCAUGGCCGGCUCCAACCGCUCCGGGGACCUGCGUGAUGCUCAGAAGUCAAUCCCCAUCGGCACCAUCGCAGCCAUUACCACCACGUCUGCUGUGUACAUGUCCUGUGUGGUGCUGUUUGGUGCCUGUAUAGAAGGAGUGGUUCUAAGGGACAAGUUUGGUGAAGGCGUCAGUGGCAACCUGGUGAUCGGGACACUGGCGUGGCCGUCUCCAUGGGUGAUUGUGUUUGGCUCCUUCUUCUCCACCUGUGGUGCUGGACUCCAGAGUCUGACAGGAGCGCCACGCCUCCUACAGGCCAUCGCAAGGGACGGCAUCAUCCCGUUUCUGAGAGUUUUUGGACAUGGCAAAGCGAAUGGGGAGCCCACGUGGGCUCUCCUGCUCACGGCCAGCAUCUGUGAGAUUGGCAUCAUCAUCGCCUCCCUGGAUGCAGUCGCACCUAUACUCUCCAUGUUCUUCUUGAUGUGCUACAUGUUUGUCAACCUCGCCUGUGCACUGCAGACUCUGCUCAGGACGCCAAACUGGAGGCCGCGCUUUAAGUUCUACCACUGGGCUCUGUCUUUCCUGGGCAUGAGUUUGUGCCUGUCCCUCAUGUUCAUCUGCUCCUGGUAUUAUGCCAUCGUAGCCAUGUGCAUCGCUACCUGCAUCUACAAAUACAUAGAGUUCUGUGGGGCUGAGAAGGAGUGGGGUGAUGGGAUACGCGGCAUCUCACUGAGCGCGGCUCGCUUUGCUCUCAUGAGGCUGGAGGAGGGACCACCACACACCAAGAACUGGAGGCCUCAGCUCCUGGUCCUGGUGAGUGUGGAUGCCGAGCAGAACGUAGAGCAACCUCGUCUUCUGUCUCUGACCAAUCAGCUGAAAGCAGGAAAAGGUCUGACCAUCGUUGGUACCACAGUUCAAGGAACCUUCCUCGACAACUACGCUGAAGCACAGAGGGCAGACCAGUCUUUGCGUAAGUUGAUGGAGACAGAGAAGGUGAAGGGAUUCUCGCAGGUGGUCACGUCCAAUCUGCGAGACGGGACGUCCCACCUGAUCCAGGUCGGAGGCCUGGGAGGUCUGAAGCACAACACCGUGAUGGUCAGCUGGCCCCGUAACUGGAAACAGCCCGAGUAUCACCAGCACUUCAGGAACUUUAUUGAGGUGGUUAGAGAGACAACUGUGGCCAGUCUGGCCUUGUUGGUCCCGAAGAAUAUCUCCAGCUACCCGUCCAAUGGAGAGCGCUUCACUGAAGGCCACAUAGAUGUGUGGUGGAUUGUGCACGACGGAGGCAUGCUGAUGCUUCUGCCCUUCCUGCUGCGCCAACAUAAGGUGUGGAGGAAGUGCAAGAUACGCAUUUUCACCGUAGCUCAGAUGGAUGAUAACAGUAUCCAGAUGAAAAAAGACCUCAUCACCUUCCUCUAUCACCUGCGCAUCAGUGCUGAGGUGGAAGUGGUGGAGAUGCUGGAAGGCGACAUCUCAGCCUACACGUACGAGAAGACACUAAUAAUGGAGCAACGAUCACAGAUCCUCAAGCAAAUGCAUCUGACGAAGAAUGAGAAGGAGAGAGAGAUACAGAGCAUCACUGAUUCAUCCCGUGGGUCCAUUCGCCGCAAGAACCCGCCGACUUUAUGUGUCCAGCACUGUGCUGAGGAGGGAACCAGCAUGGCAGAAAAAACAGAAGCCGAGUCUGUGGCUAUCUCCAACUCAAAACAGGUGCAGCUGGUCCACAGUAAGAACGCCUCGACGCCGACCAGCCCCACCAGUCCCCCGUCCUCCGCCACCUGGACCGACAGCAAGGGGAAGAACCUUCUGGCGGUGAGCCCAGAGUCGGGCAAAGACCUCUUCAACAUGAAGCCGGAAUGGGAACACCUGAACCAGUCGGAUUUGAGGCGCAUGCACACAGCAGUGCGGCUAAAUGAGGUCAUCAUGAAGAAGUCAAAGGAGGCAAAACUCGUCCUGCUCAACAUGCCCGGGCCGCCAAAGAACCGUAACAACCACACUAACCCUAUGGACAACGCCGUGUACAGGGACUAUCCUAUCUUCACUGACAUACAGGUCAUGAUAUUCCUCGGCUUCGGGUGCCUGUUGGCAUUUUUCCGACUGUACGGCUUUAGUGGGAUGGUUUUUAACUUCCUCACCGCGACGUUUGCCAUCCAGUGGGCUAUUCUGGUGCAGGGCUACUUCCAGUUCAGCCACGAUGGUAAGAUACACCUCGGGGUGAACAACCUCAUCAAUGCGGAGUUCGCCUGUGCUGUGGUGUUGAUCUCCUGUGGGGCAGUGCUGGGGAAGACCAGUCCGCUGCAGCUGCUGGUCAUGGCUCUGCUGGAGGUGCCAGUGUUUGCAGCCACAGAAUGGGCCGUGCUGAAAUAUCUGAAGAUUAACGACGCGGGGGGAUCUAUUCUCAUUCACCUUUUCGCCUGUUACUUUGGACUGGGUGUCACGUUUGUGCUGUACAGGCCUCGGUUAAAUGACGGCCAUGCAAAGGAGACCACCAGCUAUCAGUCUGACAUGCUGUCAGUGAUGGGGACCUUGUUCCUCUGGGUGUUCUGGCCGUCCUUUAACUCAGCGCUGACCCUGAAAGGAGACGACCAGCACAGAGCCAUCCUCCAUACCUUCAUUGGCCUCAGCGCCUCCACGCUCACCGCCUUCGCGCUCUCUGCGAUGCUUAAUAAAAGCGGAAAGCUCACCAUGGCUGACAUUCAGAACGUCACUCUGGCUGGAGGCGUGACAGUCGGGGCGUCUGUGGAUAUGAUGAUUUCGCCCGCCGCUGCGUACGCUCUGGGUAUACUGGGCUGCACCGCAUGCAUGCUGGGCUACAAGUACUUGAGCCCGUUCUUGGCGCGGCGCUUCAGGAUCCAGGAUCAAUGUGGAAUACACAACUUACACGGUCUAACAGGACUUAUAUCCUGUGCUGCAGGGAUAUGUGCCAUCCUGGUAGCCAGUGAGGAGGUUUAUGGCCCCAGUUUAUAUGAGAUCUUUACACAUCGCGCUCCCGUGGAAGGAGAUCCCAGACUGCGAGAACUGCAGCUGUUGAUUCCUGGUUUACAGCCUGGUCUGGGGAGGACCGCCCAGGAACAGGCUCUCUUCCAGGUCGCAGCUGUGUUCUCCACCAUAGGCGUGUCAGCGCUAGGAGGCAUCGCCACCGGUUUCAUCUUAAAACUGCCGUUCCUUGCGCCUCCGUCUGAUGAUUUCUGUUUCGACGAUAAGCUGUUUUUUGAUGUUCCUCCCGACUAUGACACGCCGCUCAAACUGCAGCUGCUUAGAGUUGUCAAUGAAUCUGACUGAAACGGGACGUCUUUGUAAGUAAUGUAAUUAAUGAACCUCCAGCAGCGGAUUACACGUAUAGUGACUAAUAAUUAAAAGGCAGAGUAGGCAGGAUUACAUAAUAACCUUUGCAGCACAUCAAUCAAGUGAUCUGAGGGACAGAACGACACUUCUUCCCUGGGCUCCACUUACAGCCCUGUGAAAUUCCCGACAGGAGACUUUGACAACAUUCAGACAACAUUGACUGAACCUGACACAGUAAUGCCGCUUUUCCACAAUACAGUUCCAGCUCGACUCUACUCUUUUUUUGUUUGUCCAUCAGUGACAGUACCUGGUACCUGGUGGGGUUUUUGUUACCUGCUCUGACGAGGUUCCAAGUGAGCUGAGCCGAUACUAAAUUGUGACGCCAGACGUUCUUGUGUUUGUCGGCUGACGAGAGGAUCCAGAGAGAGCUGUGUUUGUGUCGCAUAUAAAACGACAUCACUGCAGUUUCGCGUAGCUAUGCUAUAAUGACCCCGCCCACAUUGAGGAGGUACUGAAAACAAUGUGACUGAUACCCAAACCGAGUAGAGUAGAGCCGAGUAGAGUGCUAGAACUGUAUGACGGAAAAGCACCGUUAGAGAAAACUGAAGCGUACUCUUACUGUCACACAGGUGGAUGUUUGUGGUGCUUUUAUUUAUGGUUUACGACAAACAACAAAGUGAUUGUGACCUCCACAAGGAAGUCAUUAAUACCCCCAUAAACGCACGUACAUCAGCACAGAUAGACAGUCAGUUAGUCUUCAUCACCUCUUGUUGAACUAUAACUGCUGCUAACUAGUUACAUAAUCCAACCAUCAUGCUUUAUAUUGCGUUGUUCUCCAUCGCGGAUGCCUUCAACCGCCUGUGUUUUGUCUUCAAUGUACUGUCGUAAAUACAGUAGUAAACCACCACGAGGUUAAUCACUCAUUAUACAUCUAUUUAUGAAGUGUUUACACUGCAUUUUCAAUAAAUGCCAUUUAAAUUCACCUUAUUUUAGGUUUCACUAAAAGAACUUGAAAUGAUAUAUCAUCUGGUGUGACUGAAUCUGACCCAAACCUGACAAUCAUUUCUGGAUUUUUGUCCAAACUUGGCCCGAGCCAUUGGGUAUCCACGCUCUAGACUGGAUGCUCCUGCAUUGGCAGGGUGCUUGUGCAGGUCUUUACGAUCUUGAAAAGUGUGUGAAAGUCUUGGAAAAAGUCUGCAUAAAAGUUCAGAAGGUAGGCAUGCGAGUAUAAAACUUCAUGAAGUCAGGGUCUGGAAAAAGUCUGGAAUUGUUAAAUGUUUAACAUGUAACAUAAUGUUUAAACACCAGCAUCAACACCAACAGCCUACACUGCAAAGAAACUGAAAUAAAAUGGCAUCUGAACUAUGAACUCAAUAAAGCGCAUGUUAAUAUGG